CAUGCCGACCAACGCCACAGCCCCCAAGGGCUGCGGCUCCAAGGUCGACUCCCUCUACUACAACCUGUGCGACUCCGGGGCGGUGUGGGGCAUCGCGGUGGAGGCGGCGGCGGGCGCCGGCGUCGUUUUCUGCUUCGUCCUCUUCGUGAUGCUGCUAGCUAACCUGCCGCUGACGAAGAACCACGACCAGAAGAGCUCGGCUGUUCUCCACGCCGCCUUCCUGCUCUGCACCGCCGGCCUGUUCGGCCUGGCCUUCGCCUUCAUCGUGGGGAAGGACUUCUCCACCUGCAGCGCCCGCAGGUUCCUGUUCGGGGUUCUGUUCGCCGGGUGUUUCUCCUGCCUGCUGGUUCAGGCCGUGAGGCUCAACGUGCUGGUCCGGCGUAGCGACGACGACGGCGCCGCGCCGCGGAUCUGGCCCUUCUGCCUGGCGGCGCUGGCUCUCUGGCUGGUGGAGGUGGUGAUCAACGUGGAGUGGCUGAUCAUCACGGUGGUCCGGCACCCGCAGGGGCCGCCCAACGCCACGGCCGACGCUAGAGCCGCGGCGACGCCCUGCAACGUGGCCAACCAGGACUUUGUCAUGGCCCUGAUCUACGUGAUGGCGCUGAUGUUGGCGGCGUUGGCGGCGAGUCUCGCCGUCCUGGCCGGCAGACCCGGCCGGUGGAAGAAGGAGGGCGGCCUGAUCCUCCUAGCUAGCCUGCUCUCCGUCGGCGUGUGGGUGGCCUGGAUCGUCAUGUACGUCUACGGCAACGAGAGGACCGGCGGGCCGGCGUGGGACGACCCCACCCUGGCCAUCGCCCUGGCGGCCAACGCCUGGCUGUUCCUCGUCAGCUACAUCAUCCCUAACGUCUGCUGCCUGAGCGGCGGCGGCGCCGAGGACCAGCUAGCCUACGAGCAGAACCUGUACGCCGGCCGGGGAGUCGGGUACGAGACCAUCCUGAAGCAGCAGAGCCAGACCAACCUGUAUGUGGAGAACAAGGCCUUCUCCAUGGACGAGCCCAACCAAGGGUCCAAGCCGGUGUCUCCGUACAGCGGCUACACGGGGCAGCUCCGCAGCUCCGUCUACCAGCCCACGGAGCUGGCCCUCAUCUCCAAGGCGGUGGGAAAUCAGCACCAACCGGAGCGGUCCUACGACAUGAUCAUCCCCAGGGCGUCCACGGGCUCCGCGGGCCCCCCCGGAGGGCCCGGUACAGGCACCGGCGAGGCCGGGAACUCUGCACAAACACAUGGUCACGGCCUCCAGAGGACGCCCCAGUGGUGACCCGUCCUCAGACCCGUCCUGCAACCGGACCAGAACCGCUUCAGUCUACGUCCUUUUCCCCCUCACUCUCGUCCAGGGGUCAGUGAGACACA